GUUCUUUAUUUCCUCUCCCUGGCACGUUUACCCUCGUCACACAAUGCCCACUGCUGGGAAAUUGGUCGGGGCGUCAUAUUACUUACUUAUAUACUAGCUCUUGCUGGAACCAUGGAAAGCCUGUUGUUGUUGACUCAGAUAAAGGAGGUUGUGUGAAUGUCUAGCUCUUCCGAAGUUUAGGCGAGGCGAUUCACCUGACAUAAUUUGGAAGUUAUUAUUCCCGUUUCUUCUUCCGGAGGAAACUUUGUUUCCUUUGUAAUUCCAAUCUAGUUUUGGACAAUAUUUUUUCCGGGAAGCAAGGCUCAAUACAGUGUGAGCUUUGGUAACCUUAACAACCUCAACAACAACAACAACGCAGUUUUUAGUGUAAAUUUCUCAGCUGAUACAAGAUGACUGAAGAAAUUGAGGAACACGGUGUUAAAAUAAACAUUAAAGGCACUAUCCAGGCACCCAAAAGGAAUGAAGUUAUGUUCAAUUCAGACAUGGUAGUAAAUAGAUCACUUGUUCUCUGUGCACUAGCUGUAUACAGUGAGUCUGGCAAGUGUGUCAAUGGAAAAGUACGAUGUCUAGAUGCUCUUGGUGCCACAGGUGUGUCAGGGUUGGCCUGGGCUCGACAGUUACCGAAGGUCUCUGUCAUAAUAAAUGAUCAGCUGCCUGCUGCCACUCAGAGGAUUCAAGAGAAUGCUGCUACUAAUGACCUUCAUAUUGAAAUUACUACAGAGGACGUCAGUGUACUGUUGCAUCAAAGACCAUUUGAUUUCAUAUUUUUAGACUGUUAUGGAUCUUCAGUUCAUUACCUUGAUGCAGCAUUUCGAAAUGUUCCAAAGUAUGGCAUUUUGGCAAUUACAUCUACUGAUGAUGCUGCUCUUUAUGGAAAAGCUGCAGAUGUAACACUGAGGAAUUAUGGUGGUUAUGUUGUUAAAACUUCAUAUGCUAAAGAGCUUGCAGCAAGACUGGUACUGGCUAGUGUUGUUAGAGCUGCUGCUAAAUGUAACAAAGGUGUUGAAGUUUUAUGUUGUGUUGCCUUGAAGAGCUUCAUCACUGUCAUUGUUCGUGUAAUACGUGGUCCUUCAACUGCAAAUAAGUGUGUCCGUAAGAUCAGACGCAUCAUUCACUGUUGUAUGUGUGAAGAUAGAGCAUUCUAUCCUCAGACUGUCUAUCCUCUUGAGCUGCCUUAUUCGUUAUUGUCAUGUGACUGCCGCAGCAAGAGUGCAGGGAAAUUAGCUGUUGAGCUGGGUCCAGUGUGGUGUGAUGAAAUCUUUGAUCCAUCCUUCUGUCAAGCAAUGUUGUCUAAAGCUUCCAGUCUACAGCUGCCACACAAAGUGACCAGUCUUCUUACGACUAUUGUUAGUGAAGCAAGAUGUAAGGAUCAUCCUGACUCAGAAGGAGGUAUAGGAGGAGACAAGGAAAAUACUUUGACAGAAGGGUUGGAGGAUAGCCUAGCUGGUGUAGAGGAUGAGGAGGAAGAGGAAGAAGGGUUACAUGGCCACUCAUGCCAUUCUGUUGAAGAUGAAACAGAUGGAGAAACUCCAACAAAGCGCUUAAAGACUGAGCAUCUUGUAUUGAGAUCACCAGCUUUCUACUUCAACCUACAUCGUCAUUCCCCUAAAGGACAUGAUUUGGGUAAAAUCAACAAAGUAGUAGACUUCCUUAGAAAUGCCAAACACAAAGCCAGCCGAACACACUUCGAUCCUGAAGCCAUUCGAACAAGUUGCACUCUUGCCGAGUUUACUAACCUUUUGGUAGAGUUUUCAAAGGCACAAAAUUGAGUAUCGCUACAAGAAAAUGUUGUGAACAAAUGCUUUUACCUGAUUGCAAUAAGAAUAUUUUCAGUUUUUACUUCCUUCUGUGAUAAGUGAAGAGAUUUUAUUCUGAACACGCAAUAUUGUGUAGGGUUAAUAGAAACUUGUAAUUAAUGUAAUUCAAAUUUUGGAUGCAAGACUCAUUUAAAUAUAAAACAGUUUGGAUUACCCAGCAUCUUUUACUGGGUAAUCCCCCCCAAAAAUAGGAAACUUAGUGAUUAUUAUACAGUGUACAAAUGUGCCAGUUAUUUUUGUAAAAUACAAAUUAAUGGCAA